CCAACCGCACCAAUAUCUCUCCCAUUAGGGUAAGGGGAGGAGCGGCGAUCUCGUCGGCGACGACGACGUCGAGGUCGAGGCGGUGGCGGAGGAGCAUGGCCGACGGUCAGGAGGACGCCGCGGGUCUGGACGAUGACCUUGUUCUCGAGGAUGAGCUGCGAGGUCGAGAAGAGGGCGAAGACGGCGGCGGCGGCGGCGGCGAGGAAGAGGAGGAGGACGACGUCGACGGCCUCGCCAGCUUCCUCGAAUCGGAGAUCCUCUCUGGAUCUAGCGGCGACGACCCUACCGGUCGGGAGGAAGGGGAUGAGAAGGAGAAGCAGUUAGGAGAUGAUGCGAAGAACAAUAAGAGGAAGCAGGAGUCUGAAUCUGAUGGGGAUAGCGGCAGCGGGGAGGAGCAGAACAAGAGGGUGAGGAGAGCAAAGGGGAAAGAGAAGGACGUGGCGUCGGUGGCGCCUCAGAUCGAUAGCGGCAUGUUCUGCAAUAUCCCGCCGGAGUUGUUCUUGCAGAUAUUCAAGUUCCUCUCAUCGGAGGAUCUCAUCUCCUGCGCCCUCGUCUGCCGCUUCAUGAACGUGGUUGCGUCCGACGAGACCCUCUGGCGCCGCCUGUAUUGUAUGCGGUGGGGCCUGUCAUGCAAUACCAAACUCAGGGAGUGCGCUUGGAAGAAACUCUACAUCCAGCAAGAUAGAGAGGAUAUGGUUGAGUUUGUGAGAAAUACACCUACAGAAUUCAAGGAGUAUUAUAUCCAGAUGCAGGCUUCAAAAAGGAGUCAAGCUCCCCUUCCCUCUGAAGUCAACGAUGACAAGGUUAUUCUUGAUAAAACAAUAGCCGAUCAGGUGUCUAGCUGGAAAAGCAGCAGAGGCCUCACUGAUGAUGCGGUCAAGGGGCAUUCUUGUUCUGGGAAUACAUGCUCUUACACCCAGAUUGGUGAUGCUUAUAUUUGUGAGAAGACAGGCCGUGUUCAUGUUUGCGAUGACGCUUGUCGUGAAUUUGUCUUGGACCAGUCUAGUGGGCUGCUGCUUUGUACAAUAUCUGGGCACUGCUUUGAAAGGUGGUUGUGUCCUGAUGAUGAGUGGGAUGCUGAUGAUGAUACUGAUCUACAACAAGCUGGUAUGACCGAUGAAGCAGAGCCAUUUAUGGGUUCUGGACGAUUUGCACGCGCAUAUCAGUUGGGUUACAGCUGUGCUGAUGAGAAGGAACUUGAAUAUGCCUUGAGGUUUUGCUGAUAAUUGGGAUUGCCUAAUCAUACUGGCAACAUGAAACCAAGUUUUUGGUUUGCAAGGGAAAUUAUGGUCAGAAGGCUUGGUGCUAUGUUUUUUUUUUUUUUACCUAGUUUAGGUUUCUGGUAUGUUCCUAUGUGUACAACUCACGCACAAAUAUGAGACGGCUAAAAUUCUGAUCUGUUUUGAUCAGUUGAGGAAGCUGUAUAUUGUUGUAAUCUUCCUAAAUUACAAGGUGCAUGCUAGUAAUAAAAGAAACCUUCUGUAAUGCUCACUGUAUUUGUUUUUGCGCUGUAUUUGUAUCGUUAUGUUCUAAUUGAUGUCCAGCUUGCAAAGCAUCAAGUUUUUAGUGUUUCA